UCGGCUCGAUGAGCGGGGGCGCAGCUCCGGCGCAGCGGCCGUCGCCGGGUGCGCGCCCGCAGUCUCCCCCUCUUCUCAGUCUUCCUCGGUCCCCGCUUCUACCCCCGGCCGCCCACCAGCCGCACAUUGCCCGAGAGAGCUGCCGGGAGCUCCCCGGAGCCUCAGGUGGUGAAUACUCUACUGGGAAAUAAAAAAGUACUCCAAGAAUAAAAAAUAUGCCUCCCAAAUUUAAGCGCCACCUAAAUGAUGAUGAUGUCACUGGUUCUGUGAAAAGUGAAAGGAGAAAUCUUUUGGAAGAUGAUUCAGAUGAAGAAGAGGACUUUUUUCUAAGGGGACCAUCUGGACCAAGAUUUGGACCUAGAAAUGAUAAAAUCAAGCAUGUUCAGAAUCAGGUGGAUGAGGUUAUUGAUGUCAUGCAAGAAAAUAUCACAAAAGUAAUUGAAAGAGGGGAGAGACUAGACGAACUGCAGGACAAGUCAGAAAGCUUAUCGGAUAAUGCAACUGCUUUUAGCAACAGAUCCAAACAACUACGAAGGCAAAUGUGGUGGCGGGGAUGCAAAAUAAAAGCCAUCAUGGCUUUGGUUGCUGCUAUCCUUUUGCUAGUGAUCAUCAUUCUUAUAGUUAUGAAAUACCAUACUUGAUCUGAUGGUGGAGCUCCUCAUUAAACAAGAUCUGGGACGUUAUUAUUAAUAAUAGACUGCUGCAUAAUUUAAAUGAAACCUAUGUAUAUAACUUUCAAAACUUCUUUUUCAAGAAACUAAGA